AUGGAAAUCGUUCCACGUUGGAUUGGACGAGGAUCGUUUGGGGAUGUCUAUGAAUUGGUUGGACAUCAUCCACCAGCUGUUCGCAAAAUCGUUUACUGUGGAACAAAAGCUCAACAAGAUGCCUUCAAAAAAGAAUACGAAACUCCGCCACAAUUGGAUGAAACGAAAGAACUAUCGGAACAAUGGGAAACUAGGCCACAAGAUUCCCAUCGAAAUGACGUGUACAGUCUUGGGCUCACAAUGUGGGAAAUCAUUGAGAGAAAGAAUGUAUUCUCUGAAUAUGGAAAUCUUUAUUUCAAUCGUGGUUACUUUUUGGCUGCCAUUAUUCUGAAAAGAUUCAAAGAAUUGAGCAGGCCCGAAUGUCAAGAUGAACUGGGGGAAAUUGUGGAAAAAUGUACAAAUUUCAAUCGUUCAUUACGGCCAAAUGCUCAAGAAGUUGUCACGAGUUUGGGAAAUUUCAGGAAGCUGGAGAACGUCGGAGCAAACGCAGAAAAACAUAGGAUGCUUGUGAAAAGUAUUAUGCACACUUCUCUCUAUCGACAUUUCUUGACAGUCGGUUUUGAUGAGUUGAUCGAAUGGAAUCCGGCACCACUUAUCAUGCUUGGUGAAUCUGCGUUCGUGGUUUCGAACGCCAUUGUACACACGGCUGAAUGCGAGGCGAAUUGUCCGAAAAGCGCCUACCAUUGCAACUAUUGCUGCAACACGUGCUGUCGACAACAGGAACAUCAUCCACUUGGUGGCUCGUGUAUUGCCUCUCAGUGCUACUGUGUUCGAAGCAGUCACAAGAAU